CAUCAGCGCCGGCGCCGCUUCUCCCCACCCCACGCCCGCGGAGACAGGCAAGAAGAACCGCGCGCGAGGGCAGGGCGAUGGCGUCCGACGGGGACUGGAAGCGGCUGUUCUAUGUGCGGCGCACGGUGUUGCAGAUGCUGCGAGACCGAGGGUACCUGGUGGUGGACGCCGACAUCGAGCUGACCGUGGCCGCGUUCCUCGAGCGCUACGGCGACUCCGUCAGCCGCGACGACCUCACCAUCCACUGUGCCAAGAAUGAAGACCCCAACGACCAGGUCAACGUCUUCUUCCUGGACGAGUCCAAGUCCGGCCUGGGCGCGAUCAAGACCUGCGUCGACAAGAUGAAGCAGGGGGGCGUCACCAGCGGCAUCCUCAUCCUGCAGAAGGCCCUGAGCGGGCCGGCCCGGACCGAGGUCCUGCAGAGCAAGAAGUACCGCCUUGAGGUCUUCAAGGAAAGCGAGCUCCUUGUGAACAUUACGGAGCACCAUCUCGUGCCCAAGCACGAGCUCCUGUCAGACGAGGAGAAGAAGGAGCUGCUGGAGAAAUACACCGCCAAAGAAGUCCAGGUCAGCUCCCUAAGAUUCAAAUCACGGAUCCGGUGGCAAGAUACUACGGCAUGAAGCGUGGGCAGGUCGUGAAGAUCACCCGGAAAAGUGAGACCGCUGGAGAAUAUGUGACCUACCGCUAUGUUAUCUGAGCCUCGAUAUAAAUUCUCAAGGCUUGAAUAUUGUGUGAGCACUGCCAGUUGAAAAGGCUUCCUCCAAUGCUAAUUCUGGUCAGCAGCAGCGAGAUCCUGGUCUCUUGAGGAGGAACAGAAGUUCCAGCGAGCUCUGCCAUUCGAUGUGAUGCUGCUAGCUAGCUCUCGACAUAGGUUUCUGUAGAUGUGUUGUGUUUGCUGCUGCUAAAAUCACUCUUUGACUACAUGAGAUCGUCCAUCUGUUCCGAAAAAAUCAGUUACCUGUGAGCACCACUAUUUUGACGAAAUGGUAUGAGCAUAUAUAUGUAUGCCUUUCUGGGACUAUUGAACAUGGAUUUUGCGUCUGUUUUGAGUA